GCCCCAAGUGCUUAAGGGGUUGGGUUUUUAAGGCUUAGUCUGCAUCCUGGUUGGCAUGCAGGCUGUCCAGGUGCAUCCGCUUGGAGUAGCAAGCAUUGUACAGAAGCAGAAUUUUGCGGUUAGUCAUAUGUUGUACAUUUUUGUUUGAAUAUUUUCCCCCUAUACAUCUUAGGUUCAGUACUUUCCUCCCAUACAUCUUAUUUUCAGUACUUUCCCCACCUGGUAUUGUUUAAAGGUCAGUCCGAGGAAAGUUGGUGCCUCCUGCUUUGUUUCCUAGGGAGUUAGCCAAGCAAGAAACUGGUUAUGAACUAGAAGCAAAAACCCAAUUAGUACUUUUUCAUUUAUCUUGGGAGUGAAUGAGACUUAUUUCAUUUUUUUUUUUUUUUUUGAAAGCUUGCAGUCAGGAAAUUUGCCAGGAGUUAACUAGUAUUUUUCCAUUAUAGCCUAGGCCUGACACUUUUCUAUCUUAACCUAAGCCCAGUAGGCCUAACAUUAUGAAUGUGUGGAGUAUCCGACAUGGAGAGCAGGAGAGAAGAGAUAGGAAAAUUUACAGAGGAAGAGUGAGGGAGAGGCAUGAACACUGCCCACUAGAGGACGUGCGAGGGAUUUACAAGGAAAUGUGAGCAUUAAAGCAGAAGGCGUAAAGUAACCGUCCAGCCAAUCAAGUCACAAAGCCGAAUGUAGAGCAGUAGCUAAAGUUUAUUUGGCGCCUGGGUGAAGGCAGGUUGAGAUUCAAUAGACCUCAACUUUGAAGGGUAAGAGUGCUUACAUUUUAAAGGUUUUAGGUAGGGUAGGAGGCGGAGGGUGUUACUUUGGAGUACCAGUAACUGUUGCCAUGUAAGGUUGCAGCUGACUUCCCACUGAGACCCUUCUGUUCUUUUAAGGCUUAGGCCCUGCCUCGGAGCCAUUGAGUUCCCUACUUUCAUCCCUUCCUUCUGGCUGGGUCCUGAAACAAGUUUGUGGUUUCCGCAGAGGUCACUGAACAGCCAAGAUGGAGUGCCUUAUGCUCAAAAGGGAGUGGCCUAUGCUUGCUCUGUUUUUGGAAUUCUUCUAACCAGCCUGUCAGAAAGCUGCACACUAGCAGGGAGAGAAAAGUCCUUGAAGUAAUUUCAGAAAACCUCUAUCUCCUAACAGAUGAAGGAAAGCAACAUGGGGCAACUGGCAGCAAGUGGAGAGGUGCCUCAGACAGAGAAACCCAGGAUUGACUUUUAAAUAUUCGUGUUGGAUGAGGAAGAAACCCAGAUCAGGGGGAAGAGGAAAGAAGAGGAAUCUGUCAUGGCUGUUGCUCAGGGACAAUUGACAUUCAGGGAUGUGGCCAUAGAGUUCUCUCAGGAGGAGUGGCAGUACCUGGACCCUGCUCAGAGGGCUUUGUACAGGGCCGUGAUGUUGGAGAACUACAGGAACCUGGUCUCCCUGGGACUCUUGCUUCCUGACCUAAGUGUUGUCUCCAUGUUGGAGGAAGGGACAGAGCCCUGGACUGUGGAGACAGAAGUGAAAACACCAAGAAAUUCAAACUGGGAGGAAUGGAUCAGACAUGUGCACUCAGGGAGGAGCUGUGUAUUAGUAAUAGAUACAAGAUACAAGCCUACUAAAGAUCAACUUGGAUUAUACAUUCAUUCCUAUCUGCCAAUUCAAGAUGAAGAAAAAAUUGAUGUAUGGAGUGACGUUUCAAACUCUCUCAACCAUAUAACCUCAUUUUCUCCACUUCAAAACAUUCCUUCUAAACUCAAAACCCACGCACAUAAUAAAUAUAAAAGCAGUUUUGGAAGUUCUGCCAUAGUCACACAAGAACUGAACACACAGAUUAGGGAAGAACCUUACAAGUAUAAUGAACAUGAUGGAGCCUUUAGUAUGUCUUCAAGACCUCCUAACGAUGGGAAAUUUUAUACUGGAAUGAAACAUCUGAGCCUCAGUGAAACCCCAACAAUAAAAAAAACACACACAAAGAAACAUGUGAAAUGUGAAGAGCAUGGCAAGACCUUCAGGCACAAUUCAGAUCUUGUACAACAUCAGAGCAUCCGUGCUGGAAAGAAACCUCACCAAUGCGAUGACUGUGGCAAACUCUUCAGGCUACAGCAAUACCUAAUUCUACAUCAGAAAAUUCAUACUGGAAAGAAAUCUUUUAAGUGUGAUAAGUGUGGAAAACUCUUCAAGCGAAAUGAGCACCUAAUUCGACAUCAGGUAAUUCAUACGGGGGAGAAACAUUUCAAAUGUGAUGACUGUGGGAAACACUUCAGGAGAAAAGAGCACCUAAUUCGACAUCAUAAAAUUCACACUGGGGACAAACCUAACAAAUGCAAUGAGUGUGGCAAGGUCUUUUCUCAACAAUCACACCUUACAGCUCAUCACACAAUCCAUGCAGGAGGGAAACCUUACCAAAGUAAUGAAUGUGACAAGGCCUUCAGACAGAAGAUAAACCUUACGUGUCAUGAGAAAACACAUACUGGAGAAAAAUCUUACAAGUGUAAUGAAUGUAGCAAGGCCUUCAUACAAAAGUCAGCCCUUAGAAUUCACCAGAAAACACACACAGGAGAGAAACAUUACAAAUGUAAUGAAUGUGACAAGGCCUUUAGAAGGAAGAUAGCCCUUACAGAUCAUCAGAAUACACACACUGGAGAGAAACCUUACAAAUGUAAUCAAUGUGAGAAGGUCUUCAGACAGAAGAAAUCCCUUAGAGUCCAUCAGAAAACACACACUGGAGAGAAAACAUACAAAUGCAAUGACUGUGGCAAACUCUUCAGGCGACAACAAUACCUAAUUGUACAUCAGAAAAUUCAUACUGGAGAGAAAUCUUUUAAGUGUGAUGAGUGUGGAAAACUCUUCAGGCGUAAUGAGCAUCUAAUUCGACAUCAGGUAAUUCAUACUGGGGAGAAACAUUUCAACUGUGAUAACUGUGGGAAACUCUUCAGGCGAAAGGAGCACCUAAUUCGACAUCAUAAAAUUCACAUUGAGGACAAACCUUACAAAUGCAAUGAGUGUGGCAAGGUCUUUUCUCAACAAUUAGGCCUUAUAGCUCAUCACAUAAUUCAUACAGUAGAGAAACCUUUCCAAUGCAAUGAAUGUGAUAAGGCCUUCAGACAGAAGAUAAACCUUACAUGUCAUGAGAAAACACAUACUGGAGAAAAACCUUACAACUGUAAUGAAUGUAGCAAGGCCUUCAGACAAAAGUCAGCCCUUACAAUUCAUCAGAAUACAGACACUGGAGAGAACCUAUACAAAUGUAAUCAAUGUGACAAGGCCUUCAGACAGAAGAAAUCCCUUACAGUUCAUCAGAAAACACAUACUGGAGACAAACUUUACAAAUGUAAUCAAUGUGACAAGGUGUUCAGACAGAGGAAAACCUGUAGAGAUCAUCAGAAAACACACACUGGAGAGAAACCUUUCAAAUGUGAUGACUGUGGCAAACUCUUCAGGCUAAAGCAAUACCUAACUGUACAUAAGAAAAUUCAUACUGGGGAGAAAUCAUUUAAGUGUGAUGAGUGUGGAAAACUCUUCAAGCGAAAUGAGCAUCUAAUUCGACAUCAGGUAAUUCACACUGGGGAGAAACAUUUCAAAUGUGAUGACUGUGGGAAACUCUUCAGGCGAAAGGAGCACCUAAUUCGACACCAUAAAAUUCACACUGGGGGAGCGGUGCCUGUGGCUCAGUGGGUAAGGCACUGGCCCCAUAUACUAAGGGUGGCAGGUUCAAACCUGGCCCCAGCCAAACUGCAAAAAAAAAAAAAUAGCUGGGCGUUAUGGCAAGCACCUGUAGUCCAGCUACUCGGGAGGCUGAGGCAAGAGAAUUGCUUAAGCCCAGGAGUUGGGGAUUGCUGUGAGCUGUGACGUCACAGCACUCUAUCGAGGGCAAUAAACUCAGACUCUGUCUCUAAAAAAAAAAAAAAAAAAUUCACACUGGGGACAAACCUUACAAAUGCAAUAAAUGUGGCAAGGUCUUUUCUCAAUAAUCAGAUCUUAUAGCUCAUCACAUAAUUCAUACAGUAGAGAAACUUUCCAAUGCAAUGAAUGUGACAAGGCCUUCAGACAGAAGAUAAACCUUACAUGUCAUGAGAAAACAUAUACUGGAGAAAAACCUUACAACUGUAAUGAAUGUAGCAAGGCCUUCAGACAAAAGUCAGCCCUUACAAUUCAUCAGAAUACAGACACUGGAGAGAAACUAUACAAAUGUAAUCAAUGUGACAAGGCCUUCAGACAGAAGAAAUCCCUUACAGUUCAUCAGAAAACACACACUGGAGAGAAACCUUACAAGUGUAAUCAAUAUGAAAAGGCCUUCACUCGGAGGAUGCCCAUUGUAGUUCAUUUGAAAAUGCACACUGGAGAGAAACCUUACAAAUGUAAUUAAUGCGGCAAGUUCUACAAUUAAAUUUCAAAUCUUACUUGUCAUCGAAAAACUCAUACUGGAGAGAAACCUUACAAAUGUCAUGAUUGUGACAAGGCCUUCACACUGAAGGACUCCCUUACAGUUUAUCAGAAAACACACACUGGAGAGAAAACUUACAAAUGCAAUGAGUGUCACAAGGCCUUCAGACACAAGAUAUUCUGUACAGCUCAUCAGAAAACACAUACUGGAGAGAAACAUUACAAAUGCAAUGAGUGUAGAAGGUCUUUACUUGCAAAUGGUACCUUAGAAGACAUCAGGUCUUUCAUACUGGUGAGAAACCUUACAGAUGCAAUCAAUUUGGUAAGGUUUUUAGGUUCAUUUCAGAACUUAUCCAACAUCAGGGCAUUCAUACAGGAGAGAAGCCUUACAAAUGCAAUGAGUGUGACAAGGCCUUCAGACAGAAGCUGUCUCUUACAGUUCAUCAGACAAGACAUACUGAACUAAAAACCUUACAAAUGCAAUGAGUGUGGCAGCAUCUUUAGUAGCAAUUCAAACCUUACACAACAUCAAAGCUUUGAUACUGGAGACAAUCCAUAGAAAUGCAAUCUCUGUGGAAAAAAAUUAGUGUGUUUUCAAGACUGCGUACACAUUAGGUUAUCUAUAAAGCCAAUAAACCCUGGAAAUGUGAUGAGUGUGGCAAAGAUUUCAGGCACAAAUUGUUCUUAACAGUUACUCUCAGAAUUCAUACUAGAGGGAAACCUUACAAGUGUGAUGAAUGUGCCAAAGCCUUCAGACAAAAGAAGUCACUUACAAUUCUUCAGCAAGGAGCGCACCACUGGCUCGAGGUUCCUCGGCUCCUGAUUGUGGCUGGAUGGGGGUCUGGCAUGGAGGCAGGGUGGGCGCGGUGCCAAGCUCCAGCAGUCUCUGGCCUGGCAGGCUCGGUGUGGAGGCAGGGAGGGCGUG